AUGGAUGCAAAUUUACUUCUAAAGUGUUUUGCUGAAACACUUCAAGCAGACGUGACCUCACGUACUGCAGCAGAGAAACAAUUGAAGGAAAUCUCAGUGCAGCCUGGUUUCUUGGGUGCAUGUCUUGACAUAUUGGAGACUCAAGAAACUCCGGCUCAUGUCAAAAAGGCUGCUGCAGUUUAUUUCAAAAAUAGGGUUGUUCGGUACUGGGCGUCAAAGGACACCAAUUUAAGAGUCGAUGAAGGUGAAAAACCUGUGGUGAAAGACCGAAUAGUUCCAGUUUUACUUGUUGUCGAUCACAGUACAAGACAACAAAUCUUACCAGCAUUCCGAUUAUUAGUAAGUCUCGAGUUUGACAAUUGGAGCAAGUUAUUAGAGCAAACUGGACAAUUGUUGCAAGAACUGGAGAAAUCUGAAGACUAUUUAUACACAGCUAUUCUUUGUCUAGUGGAGAUUACAAGAAAGUUCAAAUGGGCAGAUAAUCAAAGCAGGUCGAACAAAUUAGAUCCCAUUUUGGAACAAACCUUCCCAUUUUUAUUGUCCAUUGGUAAAUCACUUUUGAGUCAACACGAAAACGGCGUUGAACUCACGGAAACGAAAGCUGAGAUUUUGAAACUCAUCUUGAAAUCUUACAGAUUUGUUACAUACUAUGAAAUUCCCAAUAUGUUGAGGGAGCGUGACCAGCUCUUGCAAUGGGGCGAGUUCCAUGCAUCCGUUAUCAGCAUGAAACCACCAGCUUACGCAGCCAAUACUGAUGUAUCGGAACAAGAAAAGAGUUUGCUCCAAGUUGCCAAAUGCUACAAGUGGUCAGUGGCUAAUAUCUUGCGACUCUUUAUACGUUAUGGAUCUCAAAACUCAUUGUCUAGAAAGAUUGCAUAUCCCGAGUUUCUCAAUGUGUUUAUAAAUGAGUUUAUGCCACAUUUCUUCAACCACAUUUUAAAAGUUGUUGAGGAGUUUUGCCAAGGUGUCAGGUGGAUUGGAUUGACUGAAUUAUACCAAUUGCUUGAGUUCUUGAGCCAUUGCAUUAGUGAAAUGCCCACUUGGAAAUUGAUCAAACCACAUUUUGAAAUUUUAAUGCAUCAUUUUAUUUAUCCUGUCAUAUGUCCAUCCGAUCAUUUGCUCGAGACUUUUGAAGAUGAUCCCCAAGAAUACAUAAAUCUAUGCUUUGAUACAUGUGGCGAUUAUGAUAACGAGAGAUAUGCAGCUUUAGGAUUCGUCACGACUUCUUUGCUCAAACAUGCCAAGUUUUGUCUUCCACCAAUUACGUUAAUGAUUCAGCAAGAAUUAACGAAUGUUCAAAACGACGAUUCGCUUGAAAGUGCUAAAAAGAAAGAUGGACUCAUGCGUAUUCUAGGUAGCAUUUCUGGCUAUCUUGUUGAUGAUGACUCGAUUGCACCACUAUUAACUACAUUGGUUGUUCCAAACUUUAAAACCGCACACGAGUUCCUUAAAGCAAGGACUAUUGAAGUAUGCUCGCAGUUUGCUGACGUUCAAUUUGCACCCGAUGUACUUGCUGUUAUAACCCAUGGCAUUUUAAACAAUUUUGACGGCGAUGUUUCCUUGCCUGUGCGCUUCAAUAGCGCCUUGUCAAUUCAAGCAUUUAUUACCAAUGAGGAUUCCAAAAAUGCUCUUUCGCAAACAAUUCUUCCUGUCAUGUCCAAACUCUUGGAAUUGUCGAAUGAGAUUGACAAUGAUGCCAUCUCCAUUAUAAUGCAAGAAUGUGUCGAAAGUUUUUCGGAACAGUUACAACCAUUUGGUGUUGACUUGAUGAGCAAGCUAGUCCACCAAUUUUUAAAGCUUGCUAUAGAAAUCAAUGAGGCUUCUAAAGUGGAAGUUGAUGAUUUCGAUGCAAACUAUGAAGAUCAAGGUGACAAGGCAAUGGCAGCUUUGGGAUUCUUAAACACCAUGAUUACUGUUUUGUUAUCAUUUGAGAACUCGCAUGAAAUCUGUGUCAAGUUGGAGGAGAUCUGUGCUCCUGCUAUUGAUUAUGUUUUGGUCAACCAAAUGGAUGACUUUUUUGCUGAAAUUGGUGAAUUGAUUGAGAAUGCAACUUUUUUGUUGAGAGCCAUUACCCCCAUUAUGUGGAAAAAUUUCAAGCUUCUUUAUGAUAUUUUCGAACAAGGGUCUGGUCUUUUGUAUGUUGAAGAGUUGUUACCUUGCUUGACCAAUUAUAUGAUUUAUGGGAAAUCUACUAUAAAGAAUGACGAAAACUUGCAAAAACAUUUUUUCCAAUUGCUCAAUGUUAUUGCUGCUUCGUCUCAAGAAGAAGAAGUGGGUUCAAUUUCAGACUUGGUUUUGACGUAUGAAUUUGCAGAAAACUUUAUACUCACAUUGGAGGAGAAUGCUGCACCAUAUGUACCCCAAAUACUAGAGGUGGUAUUAAGCAAUUACCACCAAUGUGAAGAAAGGAAAUUAAACGGUACCUUUACCGUCAAUAGUAAUAACGUUAUUAUAGCGUGCCUUGUUUAUAGCACUGAGGCUACCAUUGCGAUACUCAAACAGACCAACCAGUUUAGUACUUUCUUCAAGAAAUGGUUGGAUUCAUCUCUUGAAAGGGUUUUUGAUUUGAAGCUUUCGCUUUUAGGAUUGAUGAAACUCAUUUCUAUUAAUCAAUUGGACUCCGAUAUUUCAUUAGCCGUAUCCGGUAAGAUCCCAUCAACGUUAAAACAACUCGUUACCUCAAUCACCAAUUUGGAGAAAAAGAGGAAAAACAUUGAUGAUUUCAAAGAUGAUGUGAAUUUGAAUCUUGAUCAAGCACAACUGCUGGUGCAAACUCAAAAUUCUAUACAAAAUAAUUCGUUGGGUGCAGAUGACGAACAGCAACAAGGCGAAUCCGGAUAUGAGGAGGAUUGGGAAGAUGAUGUUGAAGCAACAAAGAAAUACAUUGAGUUUUUGAACAAUGAAGAAUCCCAAUUGACUGGAUCUGGUUUCCAGGAUGAGGAAGAAAUCUACGAGGACCCACUCGCUCCAACGCCAUUGGAUGAAGUUAACAUUUUUGAGCUCUUUAAAUCCUUUUUACAUGAAUUCCAGCUGGCUGACCCCGACAAGUUUAAUGUUCUCUUUGGGAAUUUGAAGGAUGAAGAUCAAAAAGUAAUAAUUGAUGUAGUGAAUACAUAG